AAAAGAGAGGAAGAAGCCGAAAGCCUGAGGGGAUCUCUUUAUAAAUAUUUCAGAAAAGACUCAGGUGAUGCUGCAGGUACCAGUAAAGGCAGCUGUGCAGCACAGCCAGACUUCCGGUUUUAGUUUUCAAUCAGGAAGUCCGGUGACAUGCUGUCAGCUGACAUGCUGUCAGCUGACUCAGGGCAGGAGUUCUAAAACCAGCCAACAGUUCGAUCGGUGGUCUGAGCUCUUAACUCCACUUCUCCUCCUCAUCAUGUCGUGUCUGAUCUGCGGGCCCAAGCUGGCGACGUGCGGCAUCGUGAUCAGCGUCUGGGGUGUCGUCAUGCUGGCCCUGCUGGGGGUCUUCUUCAGAACCCACUCCGCGGUGCUCAUCGAGGACGUCCCGCUGACUGAGGAGGACUUGAGGGAUACCAACCCUCCUCAGAAGGUCUACGGGAUCUACAACCAGGUCGCCUACAACUGCUUCAUCGCGGCGGCCGUCUACGUGGUGGUGGGGCUUCUCUGCCAGGUGGCGCUCAACCGGCGGAAGGAAUACCUGGUUCGGUAGCAGCCCCUAGCGGAGAAGAGGACUUCCUGGAGCUUGAGGAGCGGUUAAUGCGCUCCAUCGCUGUAAACACUUUGUGCCAAAACAUUUCCUACGACAGUCUCAGUGCCUUCUUUGUCUUACAAAUGGUGAAUUCAGAAUAAAUGAUUUUUUUCAUUUAUACAUGGCUUGAUCACAGAAGUUGUAGAUGUAUUUUGUAACAAGGAAAUUAUAAAUCCCUGAAGCAUUUUGCAGA